AAUCAAAUUUUAAGUGUUAAAUUACUUAAAAUAGAUAUAUUUUAUAGUACUCUAUAUUAGAAUCACGUUUUAUAUGUAUUCUAUAACAGAAUUUAUAAUAAAAUUGAUGGUUUACAGUGGCGCACUAUGUAACUCCAUAUAAGGAGUCCCUCUCUGGAAUGUUGGCCUAUAUAGUUAUUUUAUUUAAAUGCUAAAACAUCGUGAGUUUUAACUAAAAUAUUGUUUGCGCAUAAUAAGCGUAAAUAACAGAGUACUGAACGACAAACAUUAGUAAGGGAGCAAAAUUGAACAGAACUAAUAAAUUUUUGUCGGUUCGAUUUUGGGGCAAAACUAUUUGGUUCGGUUUGAUUUUCUUGAAGAUUUAAACUUAUGGUUUACUAAUUUUUCAACUGCAAAGAAUAUGCAUUGGCUCUUUUGAAUAAGUACGAAAUUCAACGGGCCCACGUUACACAAUUCAAAUGAGACUCACGCUGCGGAAACCAUAGUGCGUAUCUCCAACCAUGAAGAGUCCUUAGCUAAAAACUGAAUUGACAUACCAAAAAUGGUUUGCAGUAGUCGGAGACUAACAGUGUUAUAUUUCCGGCAAUGACACAGCUGCUGAAAUGUUCAUCUCUGGCGUAAAUGCGCUUCGUCGUCAGCACGGAGCAGUGCAUUAAUGAUCAACAGAGAUAAGCAUGAAAAGAAAGUAAGAGAAGCUUCCUGCAUGAGUUUUGGUUAAGAAGAUUACAAAUGCAGGCACAUCCUCUACCUUGGAGUGUUAUCAUUCAAUGCCUACUUUUGUACCUUGCUCAUUUAUUGCAGCACACCUUUUCUAUUCUAACUCUUUCUACCCCUCUUAUCAUUUUGCUAUUAUAUAUUCACUCAUGUACUUGGUCUUCUACCAUUGCUUUCAAAUUAUUCCAUCUCUUUUAUUAUUCAUAAGUCUUCUUCAGAUAUUGCUUUGCAUGUUUUUGGUCCAAGUACUUUUGCACUGCUUUCGGCCCCACUAAUCAGAGUUUGAUUCUUGAGGAUAUCUAGAAAUGUCACACAAACGGCAGCAGGAAUUUGAUGGUAGGCCUAAAACGGAGGAAGAGGAGGGUUCAACCUCCAAUGAUAGUAAGCGGAGGAAGGUUCCUUGUUUUGGAAAUGUGGUGCUGGAGGCGAUGAAGCUACAAGCUAUUCAGCAAUAUAUGGAGCCAGUUCUGGAGCCCCUUCUUCGCAGAGUUGUUAGUGAGGAAGUUGAGUUGGCUUUGCAAAAGCACACGACUGACAUGAAGAGGAACUCUGGUAAAGAGAUGCAACCUGCUGGUGCAAGAAGCUUAAAAUUACAGUUUUUGGACACUAUCGCCCUGCCUGUAUAUACUGGAUCUCGUAUUGAAGCGAAAGGAGGUAAUAUCAUGAGAGUGGCUAUAGUUGAUGCGCUAACUGAACAAGUUGUUCGCGAUGGGCCUAUUUCUUCAGCAAAGGUUGAAGUUGUAGUUCUUGAGGGAGACUUUCAUGGUAGUGUGGGAGAUAACUGGACACAGGAGGAGUUUGUGAGUAACCUUGUCAGGGAGAGGCAGGGGAAAAAGACCCUUCUAAGUGGGGAUGCAGUUAUAUAUCUUGAGGAGGGUAUUGGUAUUCUCAGUGUUAUCUCUUUUCAAGAUAAUUCAAGCUGGACCAGAAGCCGUAAGUUCAGGCUUGGGGCUAGAGUUCUGGACAAUUAUGAUGGAAUUAGAGUGAAAGAAGCAAAGACAGAUUCAUUCACUGUUAGGGAUCACCGUGGAGAAUUGUACAGGAAGCACUAUCCCCCAUCUUUGUUUGAUGAAGUAUGGAGACUGGAAAAAAUUGGCAAAGAAGGAGCUUUCCAUAAGCGUUUGUGCAGGGAAGGAAUUAAUACAGUGAAAGAUUUCUUGAUUUUACUAUAUCAAGAGCCCAGACGCCUUCGGCAUAUCCUUGGCUCAGGCAUGUCUACUAAAGUGUGGGAGGCUGCUGUUGAUCAUGCCAAGACAUGUGUACUUGAUAAGAGAGAGUACGCCUAUUUUCCAAGAUCACAUGUUAAGAAUGGUGUUGUUUUUAAUGUUGUCGGACAAGUUACAGGGUUGCUUCGAGACGGCCAGUACGUUCAUUUUGAUAAGCUGUCUGAACUUGAAAAGGCUGAUGCCCGCAGCUUGGUGAUAUUGGCUUUCCAGAAAUGGGAAGAAGUCGUCGCUCUUGAUGGAUCUUCUCUCUUGUCCAAUGUUUCUUACCCCUCAAACUCAUUAAUCGCUGGGAGUUCAAAUGACACAAAUAUCUUAAACUCCGGUAUUGUUGGCAGCUUUGAAAUUGGACCUCAACUCGAUGCCUCCACUGCAGAUGUAAUGACAUCUUUCUAUUCCAUGGGGCCUGCUAAUAAUGCAGAUAAUUUUGCCUUACAUGAUGCUGAAUCCAUAGAAAUCAAUUUUGACCAGAGUUUGAGUGCUGCAGACCUUGUUGGUAGCUCUUAUAUCUGUGAUUCUGGCUCGAUCACCCAAGCCUUACAUCUGGAUGAUCAUCAACAAUUAUUCGAUACUCUUGGUUCCUUUCAGACUUCCGGUCUCAGUAUACAUGGUGCAGAUGCUGAUCUAUACAGUGCAGUCAGCGAAUUUCUGCAUGGUCCAUCUGCAGCAACUGAGGCAAUCAGCAAAGCUCAGAGGAGAUGGAGAAUGCUAUUCAGCGUUCUUAGACUGGUUUCAGUACGAAGGAUCGUGGUAAGAAAAUCAUGGCAACAGACAGGAUUUUCAAAUGAGUAUUGUGGCUAAGAAUGCCAGACGUUAGGGAGAACAUGUGCAUCUUUAAGGCGAGCUGUGCAGUCAUGGAAAUAAGAUUUAUAGGUUAGUGAUGGAUGUAGCAUAUUCACCCUCUGUCUGCUGUGACUUCUCUUUUGGUUUCAUAUAUGUUACUGUACUAGUAAAUGAUCCAAAUGGUGUGCAUUGUCGUAGCUUUGUUGUUUCAAAAUUUGAGUUCAAUGGUUAUUUCACUUGGCAUAAAUGAAAGAUUGUCACAUA